CUCCUUUAUCGACCUACAUUCACCUCGCGCAAGCGUUAGGGAGUGAACCCGUCGCCUCUCCCUGUCGUCGCCUGGCCAGAAACGGCCGUUUCGAUCCUUUUAAGCCGCCGCCGCCGCCACGAUGAUUCGCUUUCGCAGAUACCGCGUCUUCCUAAUAUUCUCCCUCAUUAUAAUCGCCCUAUUAUACCAGGUGUCCAAGAACUCCCGCUGGGACCCCGCUGGGCCGUCUCCGUAUGACUCUCCACAGUGGAACUCGGGUUCAGAUCGCAAGCCGUCGUAUGGAGGACCCGAGGAGGUGAGGCUAGCGGAGGGCAAUGGUGAGGCACCGGCCGAACCACAACCCAAGGAACCAGCUCCAAUCAAAAUCCCCCAGCUCAAGACUAGCAACGAGCUCAAGGGAGAAUAUGGCUUGCCCACGCCUACCGAGACGCCGACGCCGGCGGAGACGAGGGCUUCUGGUGCCGAUAAACCUAGCCCAGUCAAGGGCGCCGCUCACGCGACGGGCGCUGUCGUCCUGGAUAUCCCGAUCCUAAAACCCGGCCUUGUCGAGGACUUAUCUCAAGCCGAAGACGAAAGCGCCAUUGUUCAGAAGCCUCCAGGGGCUUUGGAGGGCCCAGCGAAGCCGGCGAGCACCGCGGUCCAUUGGCGCAAGGUUCCUGAGCAGUUCCCAGUCCCGGAGGAGUCGUUGAUCAUGUUGCCGACAGGCAAGCCCAAGCCCAUCCCUACCGUACAAUACCGCUUCGGAGACGAGUCGGAAACGGCAAAGGUGAAGCGGGAGUCGCGGCUGGCCAAGGUCAAGAACGAAGCCCUGCGCGCCUGGCGGGGCUAUAAGAAAUUUGCGUGGACUCACGACGAGUUGAAGCCCGUCUCCCAGGACUUCCGGGAUCCGUUUUGCGGCUGGGCAGCGACGCUUGUGGAUUCCCUGGAUACUCUCUGGAUCAUGGGGAUGGAGGACGAGUUCGACCAAGCCGUGCAAGCUGUCAAGGACAUUGACUUCACAACCACGCCCUACAGAAAUGAUAUCCCCGUCUUUGAGACUGUGAUCCGUUAUCUGGGAGGUCUGCUCGCCGCCUACGACGUCUCCGGUGGCCACUCGGGCAAUUACAGGAUUCUUCUAGACAAGGCGUUAGAGCUUGCAGAAAUCCUGAUGGGCGCCUUCGAUACUCCGAACCGCAUGCCCGUUCUUUAUUACAGCUGGAAACCGGAGUACGCGUCCCAGCCACAGAGAGCCUCUUCAAGCGCCAGUGUGGCAGAGCUUGGGUCCUUGUCCAUGGAAUUCACGCACCUGGCCCAACUAACAGGCAAGAACAAGUAUUAUGACGCCGUUGCUCGCAUUACGGACGCCCUCGAAGAUUAUCAGAACCGGGGUACUGCCCUCCCCGGUAUCUUCCCGGAGAGGAUAGACGCUUCUGGCUGCAACCGAACUGCCGCCCAACUGAACAGCCUUGCGGCCAGCAGCAAGGGUGCCCGAGCUCAGGCAGAGGCUGCCGAGGACAUUUCCGACCCCGAAGGAUACACCCCCGACGCACUCCCCGGGGAUAAGGCACCGAAAAAGCAGGGGGACAACAAAAACAAGGUUGAAUUUCAUGUCACCCCUGGAGUCAACCCUGGUGAUCCGGGGAUCGGUGAGAUCCACAACAUUGGGAAGCGCGAUGUAGACAGCACAAACGAGAAGCGAGAUACGAGUCCCGCUUUCGUGUACCAGCCGUUCACGGCUGCUGGAUCGGCCGCAACCUGGGAAUGUGUUCCCCAGGGCCUGACAAGCGGAGGCUCCAUGGAGUCGUACAGCAUGGGAGGCAGCCAAGACUCGACGUACGAAUACUUUCCGAAGCAGUACCUGCUGCUCGGGGGCCUGGAACCGAAGUACCGCACCAUACAUGAGAAGGUUGUCAAAGCAGUCAAGAAGUACCUGCUCUUCAAGCCCUUGACCAAGGAUGAUCGGGACAUCUUGUUCUCGGCAAAAGCGAACACCAGGGACAACUCUGACGAGGACCUCAUUCGCAACUAUGAAAUCACGCACCUCACCUGCUUUUUGGGAGGCAUGUUCGGCUUGGGAGGCAAGAUCUUCGAGAGUCCCGAGGAUGUCGAGGUGGGCAAGAGGCUCGCAGCUGGUUGCGCCUGGGCAUACGAAACCUUCCCGAUGGGCAUCAUGCCAGAGAUGUCAACCAUCACGCCAUGCGAGGAUCCAAGCGACUGCCACUGGAACGAGACCCUGUGGUGGGACCGACUGGAUCCCAACCCCAAGUGGCGGGAUGACCAGAUGCGGGAUUAUUUUGAGAGGAAGAGGGAAUAUGAGCAAGAACUCGCGCUGUUCGAGAAAGAGGCUGCCCUGAGAGCCAAGGCAGAGGAGGAGGCGAAGCGACAAGAGGCGCUGAGGAAACAGAGCCAACAGGUGGACAACGACAAGCGAGAGGCCGGCUCUGUCUCGGAUCUGGCAGCCGCUGGCCCGGGAGGGAACGGCACCGUUCCUUCGAUCCAGAAGAGACAGGUUGCCGUGAGUGCUGAGGCGGCCGAGAGGGCGGAUAGGGAGACCCAGAUCGAGGAGAAGGUCAGGACGCUUGAGGCCGAGCUGGACCUGAACAGCGUCACUGCUCAUCAGAGCCACACCGGCGCGGGCCAGGCCCACGCUGCUGAGCCUCAACGGCCCGAGGAGCCCGCGAAACCAGUCUCGCACGCCGAGUUCGUCAAGAACCGUAUUGCCAAUGAACAUCUUCCGCCAGGGUUCACCACGCUAAACGAUCGGCGGUAUAUCCUUCGACCCGAGGCGAUCGAAUCGGUCUGGUACAUGUACCGCAUCACCGGUGAUCCUUUGUGGCAGGAGAGGGGCUGGAGGAUGUUCGAGUCCGUCAUCGCUGCGACGCAGACCCCAAUCGGGCACAGCGCCGUCGACGACAUCACGAUUGACCCGGCUAGCGAGGCACCAAUGCUCGUAGACAACAUGGAGAGCUUCUGGCUCGCCGAGACGCUCAAGUACUUCUAUCUCCUGUUUACCACGCCGGAUGUUAUCUCCCUAGAUGACUGGGUCCUCAACACGGAGGCCCAUCCGUUUAGGCGCCCGACUUGAACCCUGGCCGGAAUUGAGAAUACCUAUGGGACUGUCUCGAUCCUAUAAAAGGAAUGAAUGAAACUUCUUAAUGGCCGUUCUCUGGGGAAAUGAACGAGAGGCGGGGCCAAGACAAGGAGCUCAUUCGCAUGCAUGGCUUGAACCAUCACGACCAUGGGCGACGUCGCGCCCUCUUCAUUGGACGGGAGAACUCAUUGUGCCGGCGUUUGGCGUAAACUUGAAUAGGCCCGUACAUAAUCAUGUUGCUAAUUUGUAUACGAAAGCAGCCCAGAAACCCUGGGUCCUGCGUUUUAUUUCUCCAGGCAUUGGGGGUAUC